AUGGCAGACAACUUCCUCAGCCCCAACCCCACACAUGCCGACGCCCGUUCGCGGGCGACCAGCGAUGCAGACACCAUCACUCCUGACGGGACGAACCCCUUUCUCACGCCGUCCGGAACGGCUGCCCCCAGCACUGUCGCCGGAAGCUCCGAUCUUGAAGAUGCGGAAUCUGCCCUGCACCCGGACCCGGGCACCGAGGAUGAUUUCCGCGUCGACAACAACCCCUUCGCCUUUUCUCCCGGGCAGCUGAACAAGCUCCUCAACCCCAAGUCGCUCUCGGCGUUCCGGGCUCUUGGUGGCCUGCGGGGAAUCGCCCGCGGAGUUCAAACCGAUGUACGGAGCGGCCUCAGCGUUGACGAGACGGGUGUCGGAUCCGCCAUCAGCUUCGACGAGGCCGUCCAAGGUCACGCCGACAGCAAGCCGGCUUCUUCAGAAAAGCACAUUCCCUCCUCCGCAACACCGUUUGUCGACCGGACCAGGGUUUACGGUCGCAAUGCGCUUCCUCCAAAGAAACCCAAGUCCAUUUGGAAGCUCAUGUGGAUCGCUUUCAACGAGACGGUCCUUAUUCUCCUGACCGUUGCUGGGGUCAUCUCCUUGGCACUUGGCUUAUAUCAAACCCUCGGCGUGGAAAGAGGCCCGGGAGCACCGGCGUCCGUCGAAUGGGUCGAAGGCGUCGCGAUCCUCGGGGCCGUCAUCAUCGUAGUCAUCGUCGGUUCCCACAACGACUGGCAGAAGGAAAAGGCAUUUGUCCGAUUGAACACGAAGAAGGACAAUCGCGAGGUCAAGGUUAUCCGGUCCGGCAAAUCGGUCAUGGUCAACGUCAACGAAAUCCUUGUGGGAGAUGUCCUCCACCUCGAGCCUGGCGACAUGGUCCCUGCAGACGGCAUCUUGAUCGAGGGCCAUGAGGUCAAGUGCGACGAAUCCUCGGCGACGGGAGAGUCCGACGUGCUCAAGAAGACUGCCGGCGAUCAAGUCAUGAAGCUCCUGGACUCGAAGCACGGCAACCAUGAUGAUCUGGACCCCUUUAUCAUCUCCGGCUCAAAGGUUCUUGAAGGCAUGGGAACCUACCUUUGCACAUCCGUCGGUGUUUACAGCAGCUUCGGCAAAAUCAUGAUGUCGGUACGCUACGAUAUCGAGGCCACGCCUCUUCAGAAGAAGCUGGAACGGCUAGCCAUCGCCAUCGCCAAGCUUGGCGGGGGCGCGUCUGCCUUGAUGUUCUUCAUCCUGCUGUUCCGUUUCGUGGCCGGCCUUCCCGGAGACGACAGGCUGCCCGCGGACAAAGCAUCGACCUUCAUGGACUUGCUCGUGGUUGCUAUCGCCAUCAUCGCCGUGGCGGUCCCUGAAGGCUUGCCGCUCGCUGUGACGCUGGCCUUGGCGUUUGCCACCACCAAGCUGCUGAAAGAGAACAACUUGGUUCGUGUGCUCAGAGCUUGCGAGACGAUGGGUAACGCGACAACGAUUUGCUCCGAUAAGACAGGAACCCUGACAACGAACAAAAUGACCGUCGUUGCUGGUACCUUUUCCACAAGCAGUUUCACGGCAUUUGCGCAACCUGACAACGAAAAGUCUUCCGGUUCUUCUCCCCACGUGUCCGCUUGGGCAGCAGCUGUACCCCGAGCAACAAAGGAGCUCAUCGUCCAGUCUGUUGCUGUAAACUCGACGGCUUUUGAGGGCCAGGAGGAUGGCCAAUCGACGUUCAUCGGGUCCAAGACCGAGACAGCCCUCCUGCAGCUCGCCAGGGACCACCUCGGGCUCCAAUCCCUUGCCGAGGCUCGCGCCAACGAGCAGGUUGUGCAGAUGCUUCCGUUCGAUUCGGGGAGGAAAUGCAUGGCGGCGGUCAUCAAACUUCGGGACGCCUCCAGGGGCUACCGCCUGCUGGUCAAGGGUGCCUCCGAAAUCAUGCUCCGCCACUGCUCAUCCAAGGCCGACCUCGAGACCUUGGCUGAGGAGCCUCUCACCUCCGCAGAGCAACAGUCGCUGGACGCGACUAUUAACUCAUACGCCCGUCGAUCCCUCCGCACCAUCGGCCUUGUGUACAAGGACUUCCCUCAAUGGCCGCCCGCGGACAUGCCCUCUGAAGAUGGGCACGUGAAGCUCGAGUCGCUGUUGGACGCCUCCGACCUGGUCUUCCUUGGAAUCGUUGGAAUCCAGGAUCCUGUGCGUGCUGGUGUCCCCGAAGCAGUACGAAAGGCACAGCAUGCCGGAGUCACUGUCCGAAUGGUUACAGGCGAUAACAUUGUCACGGCCCAAGCGAUCGCGACCGAGUGUGGCAUCUUCACAGGAUCCCAGGGCGUGAUUAUGGAAGGGCCAACUUUCCGAAAGCUUUCCGACGAGGACAUGAACGCCGUUCUCCCGAAGCUACAGGUCUUGGCCCGUUCAUCCCCCGAGGACAAGCGCAUUCUCGUCACGAGACUGAAGGCCCUCGGAGAGACGGUCGCCGUCACCGGAGACGGCACAAACGAUGCCCCGGCUCUGAAGGCAGCAGACGUCGGCUUCUCCAUGGGUGUUUCCGGCACCGAGGUCGCGAAAGAGGCCUCUGCUAUUGUACUGAUGGACGAUAAUUUUGCCUCGAUCGUGACUGCACUCAAGUGGGGUCGUGCAGUCAACGAUGCAGUACAGAAAUUCCUGCAGUUUCAAAUCACCGUAAAUAUCACAGCCGUUAUACUGGCUUUCGUCACGGCCAUGUACGACCCCCAUAUGGAGCCUGUCCUGAAAGCUCUCCAGUUGCUCUGGGUCAACCUUAUCAUGGACACGUUUGCAGCACUCGCGCUGGCAACGGAUCCUCCAACUGACAAGAUUCUCGACCGCCCGCCGCAGCGGAAAGACGCCCCGUUGAUCACCGUUAACAUGUGGAAAAUGAUCAUCGGACAGGCAAUCUUCCAACUCAUCAUCACCCUCGUGCUCUACUUCGCAGGUCCCGAGAUUCUGAACUACGACAGAAGCAGCGAGGAUCAGAUGCUGCAGCUCGACACGCUCAUCUUCAACACGUUUGUGUGGAUGCAAAUCUUCAACGAGUUCAACAACAGACGGUUGGACAACAAGUUCAACGUGCUCGAGGGCGUCCAUCGCAACCCGUUCUUCGUCUUCAUCAACAUCCUGAUGGUCGGUUUGCAGGUCGGCAUCGUCUUCGUAGGCGGACGUGUCUUCGAGAUCAAGGAGGGCGGUCUCGACGGCACCCAGUGGGCGAUUUCCAUCGUCGUUGCUCUCAUGUCCCUUCCCUGGGGUGUACUAGUCCGCAUCUUCCCGGACGUCUGGUUCGAAAGGAUAGCCGUCUUUGUUGGCAAGCCGUUUGUGGUGGUUUACAAGUUCCUCGUUAGGGUUCUCGGUCGGAUCGGUGGGCUUUUCAAAAGAAGUUCGCGCAACAAGGCUGCAAACGGCGAAGAAGUGCCGGCUACGAUUGUCGUUUCCCCGCCCAACGAGAAGCGGCAGUAA